GUUACAUCCGGGUGUUUUCAAUAUGUCUGCGCCCUUUGCUUUUGCAGUCUCAAAUAUGAAAAAUAUUUAGUUUAGAAUUCCUUCUCUCUUCUAGUAUCUUGAAAGGAAAGAUGUACACCCUGCUAUCUGGACUUUGGAAGUACAUGUUUCAGAAGGAUGAAUGUAAUGUUCUGAUUCUUGGUCUUGACAAUGCUGGGAAAACUACGUACCUCGAGCAAACAAAAAUCAAAUUCACAAAAAACUACCAGGGCAUGAACUUGAACAAAAUCACAACCACUGUAGGUUUAAACAUUGGUAAGAUAGACAUUGGACAUGUGAGAUUAAAUUUCUGGGAUCUUGGAGGCCAGGAGGAGCUUCAGUCACUGUGGGACAAAUAUUUUGCGGAGUCUCACGGUGUGAUCUAUAUUGUGGAUUCUUCCGACACGGACAGAAUAGAGGAGUCCAAAGAGGCCUUUGAAAAAAUGGUGUCCAAUGCUCAGUUACAGGGUGUGCCCUUACUGGUUCUGGCCAAUAAACAAGACCUGCAGGACUGUAUGAAUGUGCCCAGUGUAAAGCAGGUCUUCUUUGAGAGUAGUGAGAAGUAUGGGGGAAGAGACUGUAAUAUAAUGGGCAUCUCAGCAUUAAAAGGGGAGGGGAUUAAGGAUGGGAUAUUCUGGCUUGUAGAAAGCAUUAAAAACAAUAGUGACGUUAGACCACCAGUUCAGAAAGAAAUCACAUGACCCAAACAUCACCAUGGAGACCAGAAGAGACAGGUGCUUUCUUACACAAAAAUUGAUGCCUCUUAUUUUCAUGAAUUUCUUACACAAAUAAGGCAUUGUAAAAUGUCUUUGGGUAAUAUAUAAGGAUGGGGAAGUCUUAAACAUGAAAACUAUUUAUAUCAAACUAAUAUGUUUGUUGUAUAUAGUUAUCUUUAUUUAUUGUUAUGAAAUGUUCACUGUCUGUUUUCGGGCAGUGAUUAUAUUUUGUUGUUAUUAUUUUAUUGGAUUUAUAUACACUUUGUCAAAUGUAACAUUUUUAAUAAUGAUGAAAGAUGCAUGUAUUAAAAUUUUAAAUCAACUUUUUUCUAAAAAUUGUAUGAUUUUGUUACCAGGUAUUAUUUUCACAAAAAGAGACAUUUAUUUA